GUUGUCAAAACACAGUGAGCGCUGCCAGCAGCGCUGGCACUAAGUUUCAAGGUCAAAACUCAGCAGGCGCCUAGCUUAUUAAAAAGGCAUCUGAAGUGCUUGGCAAAAGGCUUCAACUUCGGGGAGAAAGCUCGUGAUUGAAAUACUGAAACCAGCUGUGCAGUUCAGGAUCUUCCCAGACCAAUCGCUUGCUAGCGAAGCGUCCCUGUCUGCAAGCCUCGGGAUGGAACGCUUGCAUUCGCUUGCAUUCGCUUGCAUUUGCUUGCAUUAGACCGAAUGCAAGGUGUUGAGUCACCCAAUCCAGCUGAAGACCGGCAAGCGCUUUAUGUCAACUAAUUCAGCUUGAGUGCGUUGCUAAACAGAAGCAUAUUGCACCGCUGAGACGCUGGCCCACUCGGAUGCGCCAUGGGCAACCUGCUGAGCGCUUGCCUGAAACCCUCCACCUCUCAAGAAGAAGAGGAACGGCGCAAGCAACAGCAGUUGCAGUACCAACAGCAGCAGCAAUAUCAGCAGCAAUUCCCUCAACCGCAGAUCCAACAACCAUACAAUCAACAGAAUCAGCAGCAAACGUAUGAUCACCAGUAUCAGCAACAACCAUAUAACCAGCAGUAUCAGCAACAGCCUCAACAACAGUAUCCGGCUCAUCAGUCACAGAAUGCACCGCACAAUGGAUACAGUCAGCAGACAGGGCCUCCACCUUGGCAGGGUCCCCCGCCAUCCUCUUAUGCACCAGCGCCAGCUGCUUAUGCAGCGCCGCCAGCCUCUUAUCCCGCGGCGCCAUACUCUUAUGCAGCGGCGGCAGCACAUGCUGGGUCUGGUCAAGGCCCUGUGGCAGCGGUUGCCCGUGACUUGCUGCAGUUUGAGACAACAGGACAGGUGCCGGAGGGGCUCAGCCGCAGCGUAAAAGCCGCCAAGGGCACUCAGGCGCUUUGGUUCAAAAAGCUGCUUGAGGCGUGGAAGGCCCGGUGGCCGCCACCUGGCACCCCCGCUGACCUGGCCACGUUCAUACGAAGCAAUCUCAGUACGGUCCCAGGCAAGGAGCUUCAUGGGUUGCUCGGGUUCUACGACCUUCUAAACAUUGCCCCGGACUCGCAACCGGCCCCCGUCCCCCACUUCCCUCCGCCCGUCUCUCACGCGCCGCCCCCAAACGCCGCCCACCUACCGCCAGGGGUGCAGUACGAGUUCCACACCAUGCCAGUUGACGCAAAAGCAAUUGCGGAUGGCGAUACCGUCACCGUAUACGUUGACGUCAGCCAUGACCCGCGCGAGGCCGCGGUCGUUCCGCCCGCCGUUCGGACGUCCGUUGACGCCCGGCAGAGGGCACGUGCCGUCCGCGACUUCCAAACGGCGGACCGGUUGCAGCGCGAGAUAGGGGACGCGGGAUACCGGGUGUUUGACGAUGGGGGUGUGCUUGCGAAGAAAUACAGAAUACGGGCCAGGGGGAUCGACGCGCCAGAGAGCAAGCAGCGGUACGGCCCCGAGUCGGGGGCCGCGUUUCGGGCGCUCGUCGAGGGGCGGAGCCUGCGGGUGCUUAUUUACACCACGGACCAAUACGGGCGGUCCGUGGCGGACAUGUACUGUGGGAAUGUGUUCGUUCAGGAGUACAUGCUGCGGAACGGGCACGCGUGGCACUACUCGACGUACGACCACCGGCCGGAGUUCGCGCAGUGGAUGGCUGAGGCGAGGCAAGCCCGGCGCGGGCUCUGGGCGGACCCUAGCGUGCAAGAGCCGUGGAUUUGGCGAAAGGAGCAUCCAAGAGCGGUGGCUUCUCGUUGCUGGCAUAUGUUUUCAACACUGGCCGGAGUCCCGUGA